GCAUAAUAAGUAAAGAUGUCCUACCAAGCCUCGUCUAUUUAAAGCAUCAUUUAGUGAGGUAAACUACAGUGGCCGUUUCUCUCAUACGCAAGCUUGGCUCUCACUCUAUGGUUGAUUUCUUAGUGAAAAACCUUUUUCAUAUCAAUGGCAGAGCACCAAAGAGAUUAGAUUUUAUUGAAAUUAAGUUGGUUCCUCCAAAGGUUGGGAGUAUCAAAGUGAACAUCGAUGUUUAGAAUUGGUGCUUGUGUUGUCUGGAUUACGUAAUCUGGAUUGCAUCAGCACCAUGAAAAAAAAUGGUGUUUAGGGCUGUUCGGAUUAUGUAAUCUGAAGAAAUUAUGUAACACACCCUAUUUUUUUGAGAUUUUUAGAUUACAUAAUUCGGAAAAAUCCGUCACUCAUUCGCGCGAGAAAAGACAUAGGGUGCGAAAAGUAAUGCUCUAAAAUUUAUCAAUUAUUCUAUUUUUGAAUCCUGCCCAGUAAAAAAACCACGACAACUGGACCCACUAACGAAACCAGUUCUGUUCUUUCUUGUCGGAGAAAGAAACACGGUGAUGUUUCACACCAAUGAUUUCAGUUCCACGAUCGAGAAAUUUUCGUCUCUGAUUUCAAACUGUGUUUCGGCGAAAAGUUUGAAGCAUGGAAAAGCAUUGCACUCUCAACUCAUCAAAACCGCGCUUUUCUUUGAAACUUUUCUCGCAAACGGACUCAUUGAUUUAUAUUCCAAAUGUGGCUGUAAAGAGAGUAUUCACAAAGCCUUUGAUGAUCUUCCCAACAAGACAACACGUACGUGGAACACGCUGCUCUCAUUUUACUCAAAAAAAGGAGUUUUCAAUCAAGCUUAUAAACUGUUCGAUGAAAUGCCGCAAAGAAACCUUGUUAGUUAUAACUCACUUAUAUCAGGUUUAACACGUCACGAGUUUCAUAAAGAAGCUGUUAAAUUUUUUAGGGAGAUGCAAAAUGGUGUUGGUGGUUUGAUGUUAGACGAGUUCACGCUUGUUAGCCUAGUGAGUAACUGUUCUUGUUUGGAUACUGUUAAAUGGUUGCGUCAGGUUCAUGGGGUGGCAACUAUAGUUGGAUUUCGCACGAAUUUGAUUCUCAACAAUGCUUUGAUUGACGCUUAUGGGAAAUGUGGGGAACCCAAUUCAUCGUUUUGUUUGUUUCGUUCGAUGGUAGAGAAAGAUGCAGUGUCUUGGACAUCUAUGGUAGUUACAUACACAAGAGCAUCGAGGAUUGAUGAUGCAUGCAAGGUGUUUAAUGAAAUGCCAGUUAAAUACACGGUUUCUUGGGCUGCUUUGAUCUCGGGUUUCGUUAAAAAUGGACGCUGUUAUGAAGCUUUAGAAGUGUUUCACCAAAUGAUUAAAGAAGGGGUACUGCCUAGGGCACAGACUUUUGUAAGUGUUUUAGAUGCUUGUGCAAGUGAAGCUCUUAUAGGAAGAGGUAAACAAGUUCAUUGUCAAAUUAUCAGAGGUAGAAGUAGUGACAAUUUGUUUAAUGUGUAUGUAUUUAAUGCUUUGAUGGACAUGUAUGCAAAGUGUGGUGAUAUGAAAUCGGCUGAAAAUUUGUUUGAGAUGAUGAUUCAUGUGAAGGAUGUAGUUUCUUGGAAUACAUUAAUAACUGGAUUUGCGCAAAAUGGUCGCGGAGAAGAUUCGUUGGCAGUUUUUGAUAGGAUGAUAGAAUCCAACAUAGAGCCAAAUCAUGUGACAUUUCUUGGUGUACUAUCUGCUUGCAACCACGCAGGUUUAGUUAAUGCAGGGUUAGAGUUGCUUGAUUCAAUGGAAAGGCGAUACGGAGUGAAGCCGAAAAGUAAUCACUAUGCUUUGUUAAUUGAUUUGCUUGGGAGGAAAAACAGACUUGAAGAAGCAAUGUGUUUAAUUGAGAAAGUGCCUAAUGAAAUUAGUAAUCACAUUGCAAUGUGGGGUGCAGUGUUGGGUGGUUGUAGAGUUCAUGGAAACUUGGAACUUGCUAGAAAAGCUGCAGAAGCUUUGUUUGCGUUAGAACCUGAAAACACAGGUAGAUAUGUUAUGUUAUCUAACAUUUAUGCUGCCUCUGGUAGAUGGAGUGAUACUAAUAGAAUUAGAAAUGUUAUGAAGGAGAGAGGUUUGAAGAAAGAACCAGCUUUUAGUAGGAUUGAGUUGAAGGAGUCAAGACAUGAGUUUGUGGCUAAGGAUAAGUUUCAUCCACAGAUUGGAGAGAUACGUGAAGCAAAUAGUAAAUUAGUCCAGCAUAUGAUGGAUGUUGGAUAUCAACCUUGCAUUAGUUACCCUUCUCUUCUUGAUGAGGAUGAUGAUUUUUAAUUUAGUUAGUUACAGCUGAAUUGAUCAUAAGUUACUCCGGUAAUUUUUUAUUUUUGUAUUGAUUGAGUUAGCAAAUAAAAAUGCUUAAUGAAAUAUUUGUUACAUGCCAAUUCUGUCUCCUACUUAA